AUGGCCACCAAGAGGGACAUAGAUGCCGUCACAAACGUGGAAAGUGACGAGCAACAGUCCCAUCAGCCCACCAAGCGAGCGCGAAACUUGGGCGGCCAAAGAAAGUCGAGGCAGGCGACGGAGCCCCAGACCAACGUCACAUACGGCCAGCGAUGCUGCUUUCCCAGCCUCGAUCAUGGCUACGAAAACAGCGACGAGGACCUCGAAUUUGAGGACGAGACAGAUGCGCUCGCGUACCUCCAAACUGUCCGGCAACAGGCCAGUGGAAUCCCUCACCUCCUCGUAGCGCCCAAAUCAGGACCGCAGCUGCCCCGAGCCCCAGCGGCCGCCGGCGACCUCGACCACGACGACGACAGUCACAUCGCCAACCGCGGUAUCUACGAUGAUGGUGUCGGCGACACAAGAGGCUACUACGAAGACGGCGCAUACACAGCCGCCCCCGAUAACCCCGAGAGCGGCGGCCCGUACGACGAAGAGUCGCUCGAACAGACCGAGCACGACGAGGCAGCCAAGAUCGCCCAAGCCUACUACACCUCCCUCUUGACGCACUUCACGAGCCUCCGAGAGCGCCUCCACCAAGACCCACCCCCAGAGGCCCUCGCAGCCCUCAGAAAGGAGCAGUCCCCGUACGUCGGCCGCUUCGGCCCCGCGUCCAGGACCUUCACGACCUGGUCCGUCCGCGUGCGCCGCUCCGACCCGGCGCCGGCCCAGGUCGCGGCCAUGGACAAGGACGCGGUGUCCCGCCUGCUCCGCGUCAUCCUCGGCGGCAAGUUCCUGAGGAGGGGCACGGAGCUGCGGGAGCGCACGUCGCGGUGGCUGUGGGCGCUGCUGGCGCGCCUGCCUGACAGGGGCGAGCUGGACUACAUGGAGGUCGGCUACGUGAGGGACCUGGGGAAGCGGGCGGCGCUUCUGAUGCACAGCUUGCGGGAGAUGGCUGUCCUGAGGGAGGAGGUCGAGGGUGGCGGCGUUGGAGGCGGCGGGGCCGCGCAAGAAGACGAUGGGCUGGAGGGCGAGCAGGAGGACUGGGCGGGCGAGGGCGAGGUGCUGGGGGACGACGGCGCGGAGGUAGCUGCACCACAGAACGAGAGUAUCGAGCCUGCUGAGGCUGUCGAGAACGGACAGACUCUCGCACCGCCCUCUUCAGACCUUCCGGCGAGAUCGUCUUCUACUGCUCCGACCAGCCUCCCCGACGCUGACGGCGCCAACGCUAAGCAAAUGGAGGACGGCGAGAUCGAUGAGUCAGCGCCCAUGGACAUCGAUACGGACGUUGAGAGCGCAAAGACACGGCUUCUUGCUAAGUUGGAUGCUCACGCCUCGAGCACAAAUGAUACUGACCCAGCAGAGGAGGAACCUCCCUUCGACCCGGCUCGGGCGCGGAUGAACAUGCGGGCGACCCUGAACAUGAUUUUGACGGUCGCGGGUGAGCUGUACGGUCAAAGGGACCUGCUCGAAUUUCGAGAUCCCUUCCAGGUUUGA